UAUGGUUUGGUUCCACAAGUUUGAAGGAACAUCCACGGCGAACAUCCGGAAGGCGCUAGGAAUGGACGAUGCUGAACGAGGCAGUCGGGUCCUGUACAUCAUCGUAUUCAGAAAGCUUAUCCCAAUCACGAAGUUGAGCGGGAUGGAGUUCCUCACCGCAUGGUGGCAAGUUGUUGUCUGUGGGUGUUGCUGCUUUUUGCGCUUCUUCUUGUCCAUUCAUACCCGCGACACCAGGCCAUCAUGUCCUUUGGGAAAACGGCGUCUACCACCGCGACGUCAGCCCUAGCAAUCUCAUGGUGUACAAGACUUCAGAUGGUCGAUGGAUUGGCGUCCUCAACGACUACGACCUAUCGUCGACUACACACGAUGGUCCCAGCGGCAACGAGCGCACAGGGACAGUACCUUUCAUGGCGAUCGACCUUCUCACCCCGGCUGCCAUCAACGGCGAGGUUGAGCACCUCUACCGACACGAUGCUGAAUCGUUCAUCUGGGUCCUUACCUGGGUCUCUCUGCGGUAUGAAGGUGGCGAGCUCCUGAGCAAGGGCAGACCCCUUGAUGACUGGCUGAAAGUGGACGCUACAGGAUGCUCGAAGGAAAAGUCCCACUUUCUAUUUGUGAGGCUCAGGGACAACACUCUGCGUCCGUCGGCAUCGCACCAAGAGAACUGGACAGUUGCGCGAUCUUGCCUUCUCAAAUUCGCCUCGUUCUUCUUGGGCCAAACGCCCGCACUGGAAAAUGAGUUUGUAUUUCAGACGUGGCUGCUGGAAAAGAUACCAGAUGAGGCAAAGAUACCACCGUCGUUCCAAGACUAAAGUCUACUUGUAAUAGAAGCAACCUUAUAGCAAUACUGAGAUAAUCAACUUUUUGCAUGUAUCUCUUAACGCCUUAACAAGGCGUGUGCGUUAUCUGGGCAACCGUGACCAUCAUUCACUAUG